AUGUCUGCUAAACUAUUACGUAAAUUUAAUCAGAUCAUGCAACAAUGGCCGAUCGAUAAGACCAAACCUGGUAGAGAUUUAGCAGUUGUUUUACGUGAUCGUAUUGGUCAAGAUUUGCAAAAUGAUAAGCUGAAAAAUCCAUUGCAAGUCAUCAACAACUUAACCCGUCUAAAUUCUAAUUACUACUAUCAAAAGUAUCGUAGGAAGAAAAAUACUAGUUUCACCGGUAAUUUAACCAAAGAAUAUUCAUAUUUAUUAUCAACAGAAAAUCAAGAAAAAAUCGCUAAAAAAAAGAAGGGAUUUUUAGGAAGAUUCUUUCAAGACAAGAAGGAAUAA